CGGACGAGUAUUUAAAUAUUGAGAAUAACAUGGUUGCAGGUGAAUUAGUAAUGGAAGACGAGGAUAUUAUUGCAUUAAUUCAACCAACAGAAAUAGAUGAGCAACAGGAUGAAACAUUUAUUCCAGAAAUUUCUACUACAGACACCAUAAUGUUUUAG